AUGGAAGCUAAUAAUAUUCGUUCUCGAUCGAAUACACCCUGUUGUUCGAAAAGAAAUCAAGAAUAUCAAACAACAUAUAGACGAGAAUUUGUCUUAAAAAGAUCAUCAUCAAUUGAUGAAGGUGUACCAUUUAGUCAACAAUUUUUAAUUGGUUGUCCAUUUCAAUUGAAUGGUCCUAUAGGUGAAUCAUUAUAUAGAAUUGAUUUUACUAAUCAAAAAAAUGUUCAACAAGAACCUUUCAUUCGUCCGAAUACACAUAGAGCCAAUCGACCUCAUCCACAUAAGCAAUUUCCUUAUUGGCCUCGUCGAUCUGAAAGUAUCUCUGAUCUACCAUCUGAAGAAAUAAAUCAAGCAAUAAGAAAUCAAUUAGAUUCGACAUAUCAAGUAGACUACCCAGGAGCAUCUCAAGGAUUUUGUCUACCAAUGGCUUAUAAUCGAUCGCAUCCUUUUUGGCGUGAACGAGCUCGAUAUACUCUUGAUAGUGAAUACCGAAAUGCUUAUCAAAAUCAUCCUAAAUCAGUAUUGCAUACCGGUGGACGUUAUUCAUUUAGUUGUCGAGUGCCAGCUGAUGCAAUUGUUCCUCAAACUGUACCAGUAUGGAAGAAGAGAUCUUUAAGAUCAAUAUAUGAACAUGAGAUUAGUCAGAAGACUCCAUCAGAACUCUAUAUGAAAGGAUUCGUAGAUUCUCUUAGUGGACCUAUGGGCUAA